AUGUUUAGGACAAGAUUUGACCCACGCAUCACUGCAAGGUAUGACAUAAAGGCUUUGAUUGGUCGUGGAAGCUUCAGCCACGUGGUCCGUGUUGAGCACAAACACACACGCCAACCCUUUGCCAUCAAACUCUUGGAGGUCAGAGAUCAUGAUCAAAAAUCUUCCCAUGCUGAGCUCGGUGUUCUCAGGAGGGUCCGACAUAGCAAUAUCAUUCGUCUGGUGGAAGUCUUUGAAACGUCGCAUCGCAUUUAUCUCGUCCUCGAACUAGCCACAGGAGGCGAGCUGCUGGAUCGUGUAGUUUCUCGAGGAUCCUUUACAGAACGUGACGCCACCAAGGCUCUGAUCAUGGUGUCCAGCGGCUUACGCUACAUCCAUUCCCUGGGAGUCAUUCACCGGGACUUGAAACCAGAGAACCUGCUGUACUACCAUCCGGGCCAGGACUCUCGUCUGCUCAUCACUGACUUUGGCCUGGCUUGCUGGGGCCGGGACAGCCAGAUGGUAGAAGAUGAUGAUGUAAAAGCAGGGGGCACUCAAAGGUCACAUGACUGGGCAUUGAGGACAUUAUGUGGCACGCCAGAAUACCUGGCUCCAGAGAUGAUAUCUGGAAAGAUGUAUGGCUGUGGGGUGGACAUGUGGGCCCUUGGCGUGAUCUCUUACAUCUUGUUGAGUGGUUCUAUGCCCUUCGAACAGCGCAGUCGACCUCGUCUCUUCACAGCAAUUCUUAGAGGCAGCUACAGCUUCCAUGGCCGACCAUGGAGCUGCAUCUCUAACCUGGCCAAAGACUUCAUUCAGUGCUUGUUAUGUGUGAACCCUGAUCAGCGCAUGACUGCAGAACAAGCUCUUAAACACCCCUGGCUGCUCACCAUGGCUGCCAACUCCUCCAACAGAAACCUCCAUCGGCCGAUUUCAAGGAACCUCCGUCAGAGAGCAUCUCGUGCCUCCAACCGUAGCUCCAGCUCACACUCUGUUCCAGAGUCAAUAUCUGCCAUGAGCCAUCGAUGCGAGGUGAACGUCGCCGUGGCACGGAGAUUUGAGCCCACAUUAGACGGGCCAUUGCUCGUUCUGCCCGACGUCUCUCACGUCAUGUAA